UGACGUGGACACAUGCUCCGCCGUUGGAUUAGGAGUGGAGUAGUAUCAUGAGUUGAGUACACGUGCUGCUAUCCUCUUUUUUAUCUUUGCUUCCAUGCAUGGAUUUCUCCUCCAAAUAUAGUCAAGUGGAGAGAAGAGAGAGAAAUCAUCUCUCUCCCUGUUUUUCUCCUCUCUUCCCUUCUUCUUCGCCAUCAUCAUUGCCAACAAAGAUUUGCAAAUUUUGUGGGAACUCCAACAAGAUGCAGCUUUUCGCACUUUCACAUCAAUAAUCUGAUCUGGGUCUCGUUACUUGUACUUUUCUUCUUCUCUGAUUGGCGUCACGAGAUCGAUGAAUUCAGCAUUCCUGGACACUCUCUGAUUCCGCCUCCAAUCAACACCCAACCAACCCUUUUGCUUCACUGAUCCGUCACCGAAUUCAAUGGAAGCAGAUCAAAUUCAAGAAUUCAAACACGCGUGCAAGUUCUGCGGCAAGUGCUUCCCUUGUGGCAGAUCCUUGGGGGGUCACAUGAGGUCUCAUAUCACCAACUUGUCGUCGGAGGAAAAAGAAAAGCUGCCGGCGAGGAAGCUUUUUUCGUCGUCUCUCAACAAUGAUGGAGACAAAGAUUCCGAAGCUGCUGCAACCAACGCUGGCUAUGGCCUCCGAGAGAACCCCAAGAAGACUUGGAGAAUCUCGGAUCAUUCGAGCGAAGACGCUUUGGUGUUUGACAAGUUCUGCAAAGAGUGUGGCAAAGCCUUCCACUCUUGGAAGGCCUUGUUUGGCCACAUGAAAUGCCACUCCGAGAAAGAGAGAGUUUCUAACAGCUUGGAAGAUCAAGAUUCGUGGACUAAUGCUAAGGUGGUCAUGGAUAGUCAGUCUGAUAACGAAGCAACUGCUCCGAAUAAGAGAAGAAGGUCCAAGAGAAGAACAAGGUACACCGUUGCUUCUGCUGCAGCAACUUCUUCGGUUGUGUCUUUCGCCAAUCCUUCCUCUUCUCUCUCUGAGGUUGAGCAGGAGCAAGAAGAGGUUGCUAUGAGCUUGAUGAUGCUCAGUAGGGACGUGAGUCCUUGGAGUGGUCCUCAUUCUGUUGCCGAAUCCUCUGACAACAACUCUGCUUAUUUCGAAGCUCGAUCUUCAGCUCGAACUAAUCUGGUUGCCAAAUUUGAUGGCACCACUAACUUCACGCCUAACACAGCAACAAUGAUCAAGCAAAGUCAUGAUAAGUGGGAGGUUGGCAAUUCGGAAAAUCCCAACUCAAUCAGAGGAAAGAGUUCACAGCGUUUGACUACUACUGUGGAGACUACUGAAAAUGGAUUUGGAGCGAACAAAAGCGGAGUUUCCAGUAAAGGAUAUGAAAAGGUCAACAACUCUGAGCUUCAGUAUGUGUCUGCAUUGGAGGAUUCAGAAGGGGAACAUGGGAGGAGCAGAGUCAAUGAACCAGAAUCAAUUUUAUCAAAGUCCGCUACUACCGGCAACAAGUACAAUUCGAUCAAGACAAAGUUUCUCGGUUCUGAAUUGAAGUCAAAUAAGAACUGUGUCGACAAGGCUUCAGAACCUGAAUCAAGCAAGAACUCUCACAAGAGAGGCAAGUUUGAGUGUACCACUUGCAAUAAAACCUUCCACUCAUACCAAGCUCUCGGAGGCCACAGAGCUAGCCACAAGAAGAUCAAGGGCUGCUUUGCUUCGAGAAAUGAGAGCAGCGAAAACAGCAUUGAAACUGAUCUCUCUCCUGAUCCAAUAACAACCGAACGCAAGCUCAUGAACAACACUGACCGUGAGUAUCUGGGGGAACACCAACAGGGUGCUGGUUUUCAUGAUGAGGUGGAAAGAGUUACUGAGUCCAAGAAGAGCAAGGGGCAUGAGUGCCCAAUUUGCCUCAAAGUUUUUCCAUCAGGCCAAGCCUUGGGUGGGCAUAAGAGAUCUCAUAUGACUGGUGGGUCUGAGAGUAGAAACUUUCAAACAGUUGUAGUUCAGGAACCAGUGGCAGAAAUCAGGGACUUCCUUGAUCUUAAUCUCCCUGCUGCUACUGAGGAAGAAAGCAAUAGUCAUGCUGACUCUAACAGACCCUGGUGGGUAGUACAAGACAACCACAACCACAACCACAAGCAGGAGGCACUGGUAGGCCUGAUCUUAUAGCCAAAGGUGACAUAGUGUAUUCUAUCGGUGCUGCUACUUCAGAGUGAAGAUUCAAACUGUAUAGAGAUGUUUCUGCAUUCAUUUCAUUAAUUCUUUACAGGAUAUGUGUCUUCUUCUUCUUC